AGCCCGCCGGGCCCGCCCCCGGCCGCUCCGCCGCCCGCCGGGCCGCGCAGAUGGGAUAGGCGGCGAAAAUGUUCAGCUUCGAAGGCGACUUCAAGACAAGGCCCAAGGUGUCCCUCGGUGGCGCGAGCAAGAAGGAAGAAAAGGCGUCUCUUUUACAUCGUACUCAGGAAGAAAGACGGAAGAGAGAGGAAGAAAGGCGAAGAUUGAAAAAUGCAGUAAUAAUCCAGUCAUUUAUUCGAGGCUAUAGAGACAGAAAACAACAAUACUCCAUCCAAAGAAGUGCAUUUGACCAACGUGCUGACUUAGCUCAGCCUGGUGGCACCUUCUCCCUUGCUGAUGGCUCCAACCUUACCCUCUUGGUAAGGCAGCUUUUGUUCUUUUACAAACAGAGUGAAGACUCCAAACGUUUGAUAUGGAUGUAUCAGAACUUAAUUAAACACAGCUCUCUGUUUGUCAAACAAUUGGAUGGAUCAGAGAGACUUACAUGUUUAUUUCAACUAAAGAGGUUAAUGAGCCUCUGUUGCAGAUUGCUGCAAAACUGUAGUGAUGACAGUUUGAAUGUUGCACUUCCAAUGCGAAUGCUUGAGGUGUUUUCAUCUGAGAAUACAUACUUGACUGUUUUACAAGAUUCUAACUAUGUGGUGUCAGUGAUUGAACAAAUUUUGCACUACAUGGUUCAAAAUGGAUAUUAUAGAUCUCUCUACUUGUUGAUUAAUAGCAAGCUUCCGUCAAGUAUUGAAUAUUCUGAUUUGUCUCGAGUUCCAAUAGCAAAAAUUUUGCUGGAGAAUGUCCUAAAACCAUUGCACUUUACAUACAGCUCCUGUCCUGAGGGUGCAAGGCAUCAAGUUUUCUCAGCCUUCACAGAGGAGUUUCUUGCAGCACCUUUUACCGAUCAAAUUUUUCAUUUCGUCAUUCCGGCAUUAGCAGAUGCACAAACUGUGUUCCCUUAUGAGCCCUUUCUGAAUGCAUUAUUGUUACUAGAGAGUCAAAGUUCAAAACGGAGUAUUGGAGUGCCGUGGCUCUUCUAUUUUGUUUUAACUGUUGGCGAGAAUUAUUUGGGAGCACUCUCUGAAGAUGGCCUGCUGGUUUAUCUGCAAGUGCUACAGACCUUCCUCUCUCAGCUACCUGCUUCACCCACUGGUACAGGCUGCCCUGAUUCCACCAGUGACUCUGAGGACGAUAAUGAGGAGACUGACCAGCCCACCGGCCCCGAGGAUGGCAGGGUCUCAGCCCCAUACAUUACCGAAGAGUGUCUGAGAAAGCUAGAUACGAAGCAGCAGACCAACACCCUGUUGAACCUGGUGUGGAGGGACUCGGCCAGUGAGGAGGUCUUCACGAGGAUGGCUUCCAUCUGCCACACGCUGAUGGUGCAGCACCGUAUGAUGGUGCCCAAAGUCAGGCUUCUCUACAGUUUAGCCUUCAAUGCCAGGUUUUUGAGGCACCUUUGGUUUCUCAUCUCUUCCAUGACAACACAGAUGAUCACAGGGUCUAUGGUGCCAUUGCUUCAGGUGAUAUCAAGGGGUUCACCCAUGUCUUUUGAAGAUUCUAGUCGAAUCAUCCCAAUCUUUUACCUCUUCAGCUCCUUGUUCAGUCAUUCGUUGAUUUCCAUACAUGACAAUGAAUUUUUUGGUGAUCCUAUAGAAGUUGUAGGUCAGAGACAAUCAUCCAUGAUGCCUUUCACUCUGGAGGAGUUAAUCCUGCUGUCUCGCUGCCUUCGAGAUGCCUGCUUGGGGAUUAUCAAGCUAGCAUACCCAGAAACAAAGCCAGAAGUUCGAGAGGAAUAUGUUACUGCUUUUCAGAGUAUUGGGGUCACUACUAAUUCUGAGAUGCAACAGUGCAUACAAAUGGAACAGAAGCGAUGGGUUCAGUUGUUCAAGGUUAUCACCAACCUAGUGAAAAUGCUGAAGUCUAGAGACACAAGGAGAAAUUUCUGUCCUCCAAACCAUUGGCUGUCAGAACAAGAGGAUAUCAAAGCAGAUAAAGUCACCCAGCUCUAUGUACCUGCAUCUAGACAUGUGUGGCGGUUCAGGAGGAUGGGCAGGAUUGGCCCACUGCAGUCCACCCUGGAGGUGGGUCUGGAGUCCCCACCCCUGUCUGUGUCUGAGGAACGACAGCUUGCCAUCCUGACAGAACUGCCCUUUGUGGUUCCAUUUGAAGAGCGAGUGAAGAUCUUUCAAAGGUUGAUUUAUGCAGAUAAGCAAGAAGUUCAAGGAGAUGGUCCAUUUCUGGAUGGAAUUAAUGUCACAAUAAGAAGAAAUUAUAUUUAUGAAGAUGCUUAUGACAAACUUUCUCCAGAAAAUGAACCUGACUUAAAAAAGCGAAUCCGUGUGCACUUGCUUAAUGCCCAUGGCUUGGAUGAAGCUGGCAUCGAUGGUGGUGGUAUUUUCAGAGAGUUUUUAAAUGAACUACUGAAAUCUGGAUUUAACCCCAACCAAGGCUUCUUUAAGACUACUAAUGAAGGGCUUCUAUACCCCAACCCAGCUGCUCAGAUGCUUGUGGGAGAUUCUUUUGCAAGGCAUUACUACUUCCUAGGCAGAAUGCUUGGAAAGGCUCUGUAUGAAAACAUGCUGGUGGAGCUACCUUUUGCCGGCUUUUUCCUGUCCAAGCUGCUGGGAACUAGUGCUGAUGUAGACAUCCACCAUCUGGCCUCACUGGACCCUGAAGUCUACAGGAACCUGCUUUUCCUCAAGAGCUAUGAGGAAGAUGUGGAGGAGCUGGGCCUGAACUUCACGGUGGUGAACAAUGACCUAGGGGAAGCCCAGGUGGUUGAACUAAAAUUUGGUGGGAAAGACAUCCCUGUAACUGGGGCCAACCGAAUUGCCUACAUCCACCUGGUGGCUGACUACCGGCUGAACAAGCAGAUCCGACCACACUGCCUAGCUUUCCGCCAGGGCCUAGCCAACGUUGUGAGCCUAGAGUGGCUCCGAAUGUUUGACCAGCAGGAAAUUCAGGUAUUAAUUUCUGGUGCACAAGUUCCUGUAAGUCUGGAGGACCUAAAAUCCUUUACAAACUAUUCAGGGGGCUAUUCUGCCGAUCAUCCAGUCAUUAAAAUCUUUUGGAGAGUUGUAGAAGGUUUCACUGAUGAAGAAAAGCGCAAGUUGCUCAAGUUUGUAACAAGUUGUUCUCGACCCCCUCUGCUGGGGUUUAAGGAGCUGUACCCUGCAUUUUGCAUUCACAAUGGAGGCUCUGACCUUGAGCGGCUACCUACAGCCAGCACCUGCAUGAAUCUGCUGAAGCUCCCAGAGUUUUAUGACGAAGCCCUGCUGCGAAGCAAGCUGCUGUAUGCCAUCGAGUGUGCUGCUGGCUUUGAGCUGAGUUGAGCCCAGGAAACUGAUUUGAUCCAAAGGCAGCCAGCUCCUGCCAGACCCAUGAGAGCACUCAGGCGGGACCCUCAGCUCUCCUCAAGCCUUCUAUCUGGCAUUCCUCCCUGAUUUUUUUUU